GGUCACGAUCGCGCCAACGAUCUUAGCUACCAGUGACUUGGGCAGGAAGUCGGCUGUUUUUUUUUAAUCAUUUCCCUGUCUCUCUCACACAAACACAGUGAAAAGAACUCGUUGGGCAUCUCUUUCUAUUUGGUUUUCGAUUUCCGUCUUAGAAGGUCCAUUUGAAGGGAGGUUGUGGUUGAUUUGAUUUCUAGGGUUCUUACGCUGUAAUUGCUGCUGCAGCUGCAAUGGAUCUUAAUCUAGAUGCCCCUCAUUCGAUGGGAACCACCAUCGUAGGGGUUACUUACGACGGAGGUGUUGUCCUUGGAGCCGAUUCCAGAACCAGCACUGGAAUGUAUGUUGCCAACCGGGCAUCGGACAAAAUCACACAGCUUACGGACAAUGUCUACUUGUGCCGCUCUGGAUCAGCUGCAGAUUCUCAAGUUGUCUCUGAUUAUGUGCGUUACUUUCUUCAUCAACACACGAUACAGUCAGGUCAACCUGCAACUGUCAAAGUUGCUGCAAACCUAAUCAGGCUUUUGUCGUACAAUAACAAGAACAUGCUACAAACUGGAUUGAUUGUUGGUGGAUGGGACAAGUAUGAAGGAGGCAAAAUAUAUGGAGUUCCUCUUGGUGGAACAAUUUUAGAGCAACCUUUUACAAUUGGAGGAUCUGGUUCCAGUUACUUGUAUGGGUUCUUUGAUCAAACAUGGAAAGAAGGAAUGUCCAAAGAAGAAGCUGAGAAAUUAGUGGUAAAGGCAGUCUCUCUUGCCAUUGCUCGAGAUGGUGCAAGUGGAGGUGUUGUGCGUACUGUCAUUAUAAACUCGGAGGGAGUGACAAGGAACUUUUACCCAGGGGAUACCCUUCCACUAUGGCACGAGGAGCUGGAGCCCCAGAAUUCAUUGCUGGAUAUUCUCUCCUCGACCAGUCCAGAGCCAAUGAGUACUUAAAAAAAGGCAAUCUGGCCAUAUAAAAUGUUCCCCUACACUGGUGGUGCUUGGUUAUAUUUCAUUCACACCUAGACUGCGGUGCUCGGGUCCAGCUCCCUUACAGAUUUGUAUCUUUGUUGCAACAACCAAGGACAUUACUAUGGGUAUUUUAUCUUCUUUAAAGAAAUUAGUAUAAAGCUGAACAUCGGUGGUAUUAGCUAUUCUUUUUGAAUGCCCUCGUUAUUAUAUUCCCACCAAGAUCACAGUGAAGUUUGGUUCAAUGGUUCAA